AUGCCUCUUGAAAUUUAUCAUCCCGCUUCCUAUCGGCCUAUAUUUGAUCCUACAGCUGAGUUCCCAAAGUUCAAUGGGUCAGACUCCUGGUGGGUUGACGAGGGAAUGGUCGUUCUGAGAUCGUUUGACUUCGAGGAAAUCCGUAAGGUGGUCCGUUAUCGACUUUAUCCUCAUGAUAGCGUGCCGCGCACAUUUUUAUUGCAGCGUAGCACCGCUUUUAUUGAUAAUUUCCUUGCGACAUUAUCGGAGUCUGAUGGUCAUCAGCCACCUGAGGACCUUUCUCAUGCACAAAAGGUCGAACAAAUUUUGUUGCGAUCCGGCCUUUCGCCUUCUCCGCGCGAAAUAUGGUCCUGGGAUCCUGCAGCAGGUUGUCGACAAGAUGCACAAGCAAUCGCCGAUUCAAUAGAGACAGAAAGCCACAUCCAGUUUGGAAAAAUACCAUUUGAGGAGAUUGUGCGUGCAUCUCUUGGAUACAAAACCGACGCCGUUGAAUGGUUCCUAAAUCAACAUACGAUACUAUACAUAUCUCUCGUGAGGCACUUUCGGAGACAUCCCGAAGAAGUUCCGAUUUACAAAGAAGUUGAGAAGAUCUUACGAACUAAAAGUCCCCUUGCCCAUCGAUCUUUGGUGCAGAGCCUUUUUGAUGUGAAUCCGGGCCAGGCUCAUGAUGUACCGCUACCUGCGGUCUCCCCUGCGUUUGGAUUCGUUUCAAGGCCUAUUCAAAGCCUAUUCCAUCGUCGAACGAGAUUGGCUCAAGUACUCGAGGCACUCGAGAUUUUGGCCGUGCGCUUCCGCCGCCAGUACAUUUGUACUUACACAAUGGACUGGAAUCUGGAAUUUGACACUAAACUACCAUAUUUGGAGGACUACCACAACUCAAUUUCAGCCAAGGAUUUGGCUAGUAUUUUGACAGACAAAGUACACCAACUCUACCAAGAGGCCACAAUAGAGUUGGUGGAGGUAACGGAAGAUAAGACCGUUAAAAGAAUAUCUCAGGAAAGUAUCGCUAAUGGCGACUGGAGAGGUAUUGUGGCUGAUUGGUAUACGUUAAGCCAAUUUGUAUGGGAAUGUUGCGUUGCGUUGCCAAAUGUUGUUACGGUCUUGGAAAAUUGUGCCAAGGCAAGCCUUCAAAUCCUUUCUAUCCUAUUUGAAACCCGAAACUAUCAUUCUCUCACAGCUAUGAUAGACGGGCUUUACGAAUAUUAUGUCGCAACGGCAAAGUCGAGCUCAGGCACUAUAAAUGUCUUUGAAAUUUCUGUGCCGGAGAUCCUUUCUAACGUGAUUCCUUUGAACGACCCGACCGAGAAUCAUCUCACGUAUCUUCAACACUACAACCUACAUCCUGGAAUCCCAUGGAUUGAGCCUCAUCUUCGCAAUCUUCACUAA